UAUCAUCUGUAAUAAUUUGAUAGGCUCGCUGAUCCAAUUAGGCGAGCGACUUGAGGAGUUGCAUUAAUAACGCAAUUAGGAAAGGACUUCCGAGAGACUUCCGCUUCUUCCUCCUCCUUGGCCUCACCUGAGGUUUGACCGCGUGGAGUUUUCCUUGGUGUUGUCUGCAGCGUAUUCGAAGGAGCACCUCCCGGCCGGCACCUGAAGGGCACUCUCGCGUCCCCCGGCAGGAUGGACUACGCCUACCUCAACCAGGCGGCGGCCGCGGGCUUCGAGGCCUCGUCCUGCAGCCUCGGAGGCAGCCUGGGCGGCUCCAUGGACGGCGCCCACGCCCCUUACACCUACGGCGACCUCACCUCCUGCUCGCAGAUGCCCUCGGCGUACCGCUACACGGGCUCGGGUGUCAGGGGCUACAAUGCAGGCGUGGGCGUGGGCGUAGGGUCCCAGCAGUGCGGCGUGAUGGGGCGGCCCCAGGACCACCGCGCCAUGUUCCCCGCUUCCGUCACGCCGGUUAACCUCCAAACUGGCCUAGGAUACAAGAUGUACGGCGGCCACGAGGGAGUCCUCUCCGAGAAGAGGAAGCAGCGGAGGAUAAGAACCACCUUCACGUCGGCGCAACUGAAGGAGCUCGAGAGGGCGUUUCAGGAAACACAUUAUCCUGAUAUCUACACGCGGGAAGAAAUUGCUAUGAAGAUUGACCUGACGGAGGCGCGUGUGCAGGUGUGGUUUCAGAACAGACGGGCAAAGUUUCGCAAGCAGGAGCGACUGGCACAGCAGAAGGCGCAGCAGCAGCAACAACAACAACAGCAGACACCUUCCAACAACAACAACAACAAUGAGAACAGCAAUGGGUCUACCAACACUGCCAACUCCGCCGCCAGCCCUAGCAGUGUUGCCAGCGCUACGAAGGUUGGUUUUGGUGGGCUUCUUAUGAAGGAUUUUUUUCUCUUCUGCACAAAAUGGGUCAUGAAUAAAAUAGGACUAAUUCAUUAAGGAUAGUUGAAGCAGAUAGGCAUAUUUGGAUCAUGAUUAUGUGCCUAUUAUAGCAUUUUCUGAUGUGAUGCACAAUAACAAUAUAAUUUAAGGAGUAACUCAAAAAAUAAAAAGUAAUAUUUUUAUAGAUACUUUUGUUGAAUUUAAUUUCAUGUUUUUUUCUGUUUUUUAGGGGGUAAUUAUGUAUGUAUUCUGCCCCCUUAUUUUUUUUAUUUUUCUUCUUAUUAUCAUCAUUAUUAAUAUUCCUUUUAUCGUAUUUUUUAAAUUCAUUUUCUGUCCAUUAAGAUUGUCAUUCAAAUCGUCGUUGUCAUCUUAACCAUUUUCAUCAUUAUCACUGAUCUUUCUGUUAUCAUUCUCUCCUUUAUCAUCACCUUUAUCAUCAACAUCAUUAUUAUCUUUAAACCAUUGUCUUCCCCCCUCCCCCUCCCCCCCCAGAGCGAACCCAAGACCAGCGGGAGCAGCAGUGGAGGCGGAGGUGGAGGCGCGGGUGGAAGCUCAGCCUCCACCAAGGACCUCCACCACGGCGUCUCCUCCAUGCCCCCCGCCUCCAGCUCCUCGCCCUCCAACACCGCCUCCAACACCGCCCCCGCCACCACCACCCUCCACCAUCUGGAUCACA